GCCUCUUUCCCUCGUCUCUCAUUCUGACGCUCCCCUGCUUUGCCGCCUCUCUCUCUCCCUCACACACACACCGUCUCUCUCUCUCGCCCUCAUUCCUCCGCACCGCUGCAGACAUGGUCGAUGUUUUCGUUGGCACAUGGCUCCUCAAGGAGAGCGAUAAAUUUGAUGAGUACAUGAAAGAGCUGGGCGUGGGCUUCGCUACACGGAAAGUGGCCAACCUCACCAAGCCCACCACCAUCAUCUCAGUGGACGGCGACACGGUGACGCUGAAGACCCAGAGUACCAUUAAAAACACAGAGCUCAGCUUCAAGCUGGGAGAGGAGUUCGACGAGACCACCGCCGACGACAGGAAGGUUAAGUCUAUUGUCACGAUAGAGGACGGGAAGCUGGUGCACAUUCAGCGGUGGGACGGCAAGGAGACCAGUCUGGUCAGGGAAGUCAACGGCAACGUUCUCUUGCUGACACUCAAACUCGGAGAGGUUGUUUGCACGCGUCGCUACGAGAAGGCAGAGUAAAGAAAGAAAAAUCCCACAACAUUUCAGCGGCUACCUGCAUCAACUAAAAUCCCGCAUCCCAGACUCCUUAACACUUCUUCAAAACAGGCCAAAAAAAACCCCCAACGCCACCUCCUCAUAUGGCUGCUAUCGACCCCCGUCAUUGUCCCUUUUAAUAUUAACAUUAUGGUGACUGUGACCUCCGCCUCCUUUUCUUCCUCCCCUCCUCCUUUAUACGUUGUUCAUUCUACUGUAAGAAACACUGAAUAAAUUCCAUCCAUUUUUUUGAUGUUUGUUUCUCUGUAAGACUCCAGGUCUGCGUUUCUUCUUUUUUUUAAGAAAAUGUGUUCAGCAUGUGGCCUGGAAAAGUGUUUGAAAAGUUUUCCUGUGGAGUUCUGAAAAGUUUCAAAUAAAAGUGUCUACACUGAUAGACAGACUGGAGAAAAA